AUGACCGACCUUCUGGGAACGCCUUCACCAGAGUCGAUCGCCAAGGUUCGAAACGAAAAGGCACGGAGAUAUCUUGGGAGCAUGCGGAAGAAGCAACCAAUGCCAUUGUCGGCGAAGUGCCCGAACGCGGACCCGCUUGCUGUGAAGCUGAUGGAGAAGAUGCUCGCAUUUGAUCCGUCACACAGGCCGACUGCCGAGGAGGCUCUUGCCGACCCUUACUUCAAGGGCCUGGCCAAGGUUGAAAGAGAACCUGCGGCUCAACCCAUCACCAAGGUGGAAUUUGAGUUUGAGAGGCGAAGACUGAACAUGGACGAUGUCAGAGAGCUCAUCUACCGCGAGAUUCUGGAGUAUCAUCCUCAGAUGCUGAAGGACUUCCUCAACGGGACGGAUCCUGGAAACUUCUUGUAUCCAAGUGCUGUGGACCAGUUCCGACGUCAGUUCCACACCCUAGAAGAGCAUUAUGGCAAGGCGGGCGACGCACCGUCGCUGGAGCGCCAGCAUGCCUCCCUCCCAAGCUUAGGUAUGCCCUACUCUUUUCCUAAUGUCUUCCACCCUACAGGCCUCCCCUGGGGAAGCCCCCCCCUCCCCCUGGCGGACCAACAAAACCUCUUCCCCCUCCUCCCCCCUCCCCCUGCCACAGUCCCCCCUCCUGCCCCCAUUCCCCCAGGGCCAAUUGAUGGGUCGAACCCCCCACCUCCCCCCAUAGGGGGGCCUCCGGGGAAGGGCAUUCCCCCUGUACCAGCUCCCCUUCCCCCUCCCCCUCUUCCCAUGCCCCCUCCUCCCCCCAUUCCUCCACCCCAGUCCCCACCUGCCCCGCCUCUCCCCCCUCUUCCCCCAUCUACCCCUCCUCUUCCCCCCAUCCCCAUGCCCCGCCCAGGCAUCAUGCCCCCGCGCCCAAAGCCUCUCCCUGGCCCAGAACCUCCCCCCAUAGGGCCCGCUCCGCCCAUGCCUCCCCCCAUGCUUCCCCCCAUGCCUCCCCCCAUGCCUCCCCCCAUGCCUCCUCCCAUGCCUCCUCCCAUUCCUCCCCCCAUUGGCCCUCCCCCACCCAUUGGGCCCCCUCCUGCCCCCAUCCCCCCUCCCAUGCCCAUACCACCCAUGGGACCCACCAUACCCCCCCCCAUCCCUCCCCCCAUCCCCCCCUCCCAUCCCCCCUCCCAUCCCUCCUCCCAUUCCUCCCCCCAUUCCUCCCCCCAUUCCUCCUCCCAUACCUCCCCCCAUCCCUCCCCCCAUACCCCCCAUACCUGGCCCCAUUCCCCCCAUUCCCAUCGGGCCCCCCAUCGGCCCUCCACCCCUUCCAGGAAAGUUCCCCAUCCCCCCACCCCCACCUCCUCUUCCUCCACCCAUAGGCCCCAUUCCCCCCAUCCCCCCCGGCCCGCCCAUCCCCCCCAUGCCACCGCCCAUGCCUCCCCCCAUUCCGCCCAUUCCUCCCCCCAUCCCCCCAGGACCUCCCCCCAUGGGGCCCAUGUGGGGGCCAGGUUGGGCGGAAGCCAUAGCAAGGUGCCUUAG